UGUCUGCUCUUCAGACAAAACGGGAGUGGCGGGACGCUCUUCCUCUGUGUGCGUGCCGCAACACAUCCAGGAACAGUUUUCCACCCGCAGUCAGGAAGUCUCGCCAGAACAGAAACUGCGCACUUCUGGCAACUGCGUUCACGGAUGUUUUCUCUCGACAAAGAACACCAUGGAACUUCGCGUUUUGGUUAAGAAGUUGCCGUAAAAUACUGGAAAGUUUUUUUUUUCUUUCUUUCUCAUUUUUAAUGUUGUACUUUUCGACUUUUACUUUUGGCCUCGUUUGGGAGAAAGUAUGGCUUCUUUCCAGCUGCUUCUUUUCUUGGGAUACUUUGCGGCUGCGCGAGCUGGCGUUGUUCUCAAUUGUACCAACGACUAUGAGAAGAUAUCAUGCCAGCUGUCGGCGAAACAGUGCUCGAAAUACGCGGUGAACAUCCGGAAUGACCAAGGCUACGGUGAAUACAACUGCUCCUUGAAGCGGUGUAACAGUGAGUUGUGUUGCUGCUCUGUGAAAAUCUUUCCUGUCGCGGGGGAAACUUACACUGUAGAAACCUUCAACGGAAGCCAAAAAGUGGACACAAAAACGCUCGACCUCUGGGAAAGCUUUAAGCCCAAAACUCCUACAAUUGUCUCGGUGAAAGAAUAUGAAGGGAUCUUUACUGUCAACUGGAAGACAAACAUGGGGCCAUAUUUUGUUGGCACACUGACCGCUGAAGUGACUGUUUCCAAAAAAGGAGAGCAAGGGAAGGUUUAUGGAAACAUCAGACCAGCUACAGUUGAGGGACUGCAGAGCUUUGACAUAAAUGGUCAAGAUUUGGAGCCAGGUACGGCGUACGUGGUCAGCGUGAGGAGCUACACGGACUGGAGUCAGAUGUUCAGCGACAGAAGCCAAGAGUGUGAAUUCAAAACCCCUCCCUCCAAAAGCUAUUGGAUUUUAGGAAUCAUCAUUGCCAUUAGCGCAUUUGGAAUCAUCUUGUUUGUCUCAGUUUACAGCUGCGUAGUAAGGGUGAAAAGGAAGUGGUGGGACAGUUAUUCAGAACCGAAAAAGCUUGUUGUGCCCACCAGGACGCCAGAGAUUUUAAACCCUAAGCAGAUCGCCACUUCAUUUGUCCAGGUCAAAGAACCCCUUCCAAGCCACGAAGACCAAAUGUUGAAGAUACUUAAACAGAUGAGAGCAGAUGCCAUUAUGGGUCAGAACAGCAGUGGAAUCAACACAGGUUCUUCAGUUCCUUGUUAUGGCCAGACAGAACCUCCUGACAUAAAGGCUAUCACUGAAAAAGCUGUCUGUGAAGCCUUAAAAGCCUUCUUCCCAAAUCCCAUCCUCGGGCCUGGCCCACAACACGACUUUCCUCCUGUUCACCGGGAUCACCAUGGGUCCAGUCUCAUUGCAAACGAAACAAGUUCUGGAUCGUCUGGCAUAGUCAAUCCUAGCUAUUUUAGGUCUGCUCCCAGCUCCCCGAUUGAGACUACGGAGCACAACCCUACGUUCAACCAGCAAGAUAAUUUACCCCUUUCAUGCAAAAGCAACACGGUGAACUGCACUAACCAAGAUGUAUCCGCUUUUCUGUUGUCUGCACAGAAAGCUGUUUCACCGGCAAUGCAAGUAGACAUGUCUUAUCAGCCAUGCAAAGUACAACCCAAAAGAUCCUCUUAUGCAGAAACGGCCAGUUUGUCUUCCACCUCCAGUGGCAACAUCACAUCCGCCUCCUGUGGGCUUGAGUCCAAAUUGGGGGCCGGCUUUGACAGAUCUGGUGAAUGGUCUGCCGACUCAGUAAAGGCGAUGCUCACACUCUCAAGCUGGGCGCCUUCAGGGUCAGACCGCUGUGCUGUAAUUAUAGACGACUACAAUCCAUGUCCAAGCAAAGUGGUGGAGCCAGAUGUUCCGAUUUCAGAAAAGCAAAGCAGGGAUCAUCAUCAACGUGUGAAUGUGAAUCAAGACGAGAGCGUCAACAAGAUCCCUCAGCACUGCCGGAUUCCAGGUUUCAAUAAUUGGACCGGUCAAUGUCCUUCUGUGAUUCAGAUACCCUCUUUUCCCACAAUGUCUACUGAGAUGUCUUUCCCAGUGGUGAUUGAUAAUGACUAUAAAUGUGUGUAGUUCACUAACUCUGCUUUAAGAGUUUAUACUUGAGGAUGUGGAAGCUGCAGCAAAGCCGCCCCCCUUUAAGAACCAGUUUUUGUAGCACAGCUAGCUGUUGGCUCUGAUCCAUGUCAUUUUUUUUAAGAGCAGCAGAAAUUGGCUAAGGUGUUUACAGCAUAACUGAUUUUUCUUUUCUUUUCCAACCCCUCUCUCGCUGCUAAAUAGUAUCAUCACGUAUUUCAUGUCCUCUUUGGCUGAAUAGCAUUUGGAGGAGAUUGAAAUAAGAUUAACUAAAGAGUAUUACAACUGUUGAAAAAAAAAUAACAUUUCUUUAUUUUCUGGUCCAAGAAUAUUUUUAAAAGUGGCUUUAUUUUUAGUUUUGAAUUGUUUUUGCUUUUUUUGUGAUCUAUCUUGUUGUAUGUUUUUUUUUUUUUUUUUUUUUGUAAAUAUUUCAAUAAAGCAGAGUAAGGUAAUGUGUUUCUGUCAGAUGUCAUGUUCUGUGCUCUGCUUGUUCCUUAAAUAAAUGUCAGCAUAUUAAAAUUGUUUAAAAGGC